AUGUGCCCUUCUUUAAGACAAGAAGUUACAUUAGAGAGUAUAGCCAGACUUCUAGAUGUGAAACUUGAUGCUAAAUUAGAUGAAAAAUUUGAAUCACUCAAGAAAUCGUUCUAUAUUAACGUGAAAUCAUUAAUCAAAACGGAGAUUGUUACAGCCAUUGAUCAAGUCAAAAUUGAAUUUACCGAGACUACAGACUUUCUACAUCAGGGGCAAAAAGAACUCAAGUCAAAUAUUGAAUCUGCUGAAAUAAAAGUUAAGGCAAUACAAAAAAUUAAUACCGAUCUAACAAACAAAAUGAGUGUACUGCAUCUUCGUUUGGAAUCCAUAGAAAAAAUUUCCCGCAGUCACAACGUGGAGAUUUAA